CGUAGCCGGAACAUGUCAAUAUAAUUAUUGUGGCACAAGAUUUAUUUUGACUCUCUUUCUAGGCUUUGAUAAGUAAAUAUGUGAUGGAUACAGGCGAAGUCAACUCUUCUGGAAAAGUAAAAUGGACUUUAAACAACUCAGCCGAACUUCCAAAGAAGGAUGCUGGACCGAAAUAUUCGCGUAUUUCGGAGCACUUUCGGCACGUUACACCGGGUGCUUUACAGUGUUCGAUGUUUUGCGGCGGAAAACAGUGCAAAUAUGAAAACCCUGCCAAGUUUAAAAGCGAAGAAAUGGCGAUUCAAGGACUCUAUUCAUCGUGGGUCACUCCAGACAUUUUGGCGACUGCUCGUCCAUCUACUGAAGUUAUCAGAAGAUAUGCUGUCAUUGAACAGUUUUCAAAGGUAGGAAUUAAAUCACUGAUUAACCUUCAGCAUCCAGGAGAACAUGUCAGUUGUGGCUUUGGUAUCGAUCCUGUUAGUGGCUUUUCUUAUGAUCCAGAAGAUUUCAUGAAAGAUGACAUUUUCUUCUACAAUUUCGGAUGGAAUGACUAUGGUGUUCGAUCUCUGGAGUCUAUUUUGGACAUGGUGAAGGUCAUGUCAUUUGCUCUUAAGGAAGGAAAGGUUGCAAUUCAUUGUCAUGCUGGACUGGGCAGGACAGGAGUACUUAUUGCUUGCUACCUUGUAUAUUCUGAUAGAAUUGGAGCAGAGGAGGCAAUUCACAAAGUACGGUCAAACAGACCCAAAGCUGUGCAGACACGAGGCCAGAUACAGUGUGUUAUUGACUUCACAAAUUUCCUAAACCAUCUUUGGGUUAUCUUUCCUUGCUGUGCUUCCAGUGCAAAGCCAUUUACAUUACAACAGUACCUCAAACGUCAGAGACUGGUUUUGCAUGGUGAGGAGGAUAGAGUCCUUAAACAUGUCCCAAAGGUGGUGUAUAUAUGUUGCAGGCGACUACUAGAAUUGGCAGGAGUGAAAAGAGAAGAUGCUCCUCUAACCUGGAAAUUAUCACGGGAUGCUAAAGCCGUUUUUGCUGAAGCGGAUGAUAGUUUCACCACAAGCGACCUUGACAGAGAGACUGUUGAAGAUUCCCUUUGUAGUGAUGUAGCUGACUCAUUGAGGCAUAAUCCUUACGUAGAUUCCAGCCUUCCUUUAUUUGAGGGUUCUCGCAUAUAUCGUUCAGAAAGCUGUGAUGCAUCUGUAGAUGAUGCUUUUGGUGAUGGGGAAGGAAGACAGCUGAGACAUCCAGAUGUAACAAACCAGAGUAGACGUCGUUCCGACCUAACUGUAGGGCUUCCAGGUGAAGGAAGACCUAAACGUGUGCAACUUAAGCCACUAAAUGUGUUAAAAAGACCAAAAGACGAGAAAGGAAAACAAACUAGGCCCAAUCAAAGUCUCAAAGCUAAAGAUAACGAUAGAGAAGGACCAGAAGUCGACACUGACCGUAAUUGGUUUAAGGAAAGUGCGACACUGUCAGAAACAGACAGAAUACAAGUGGCAAAGUCUAUGGCAUCUAGUGCCUGUGUUGAUAGUACUGUUCAUAGUCGAACAGAGAGAAUUAAGAGGAAACUUAACACCUUCGAUUGUUGGGAAGAAGUUCUUACUGAAAGUGACGCGUGGGUUCUUACUCGUCUGUUGUGGGCCUGGUUAGGUAGUUUGGUGGAACCUGUCUUGACUGAGAAAGAGGUGUCACUACUAGAACAAAACGAUGAUCCCAUAGAAGCACUGAAGAGACUUGACCGGGGUAAAAGAGACACUUUAGAAUGCCUCAUUACUACAAUAUGUAAGUUGCAGCCCUUACCAAGUGAACUUGGUGAUCGUGUACUACGUAACACAGCCAUGAUUCUUACUCACAACAAAGAGUUGUCCUUAACAUCAGCAAGUGCUUACUUGUGUAAAGUUCAAGAACAUCCUGAAGCAGAACCGUCCCCUAAUCAAAGUGCAAACGAGUUACAGAGGCUGGAUGGCACUUCAGAAUCUGAGAUACGUUCAACAUCAUGCAGAGUUCUUUUUUUCCUAAGACAUGUUGUGAAUACUCUUAAAAACCUUUAGAAGGGAUAAUAUUAUAAAGACAGAAACUUCGUCACUAUUUAUUGAAUUGUUGAACGUGUAAUGAGGAAUGUCCUUUUUAAAGAAGGAAACCUCGCAAUUAAUCGCGAGAGUGGACCAACGCUAUAGAGGUAAGGAUAAAAUCGUGCGACACGAGGAUGGUUCAGGAUAGCUAAGAUCUAAACGGAUUCAAAACGCCUUAUUUGAAAAACCGUUAAGGUAAAAUGCACAAACCUUGACGUAGCAUGUUCACUGACACAGGGACAAAGGUAUCGUUUCCCUCACAUAUUCCAUAAGGUAAAUUGCCGUGAUACAUGCUAUUUUAAGAAAAAUUGCCUUUAUCUCAAGAUCUGUUUUGAAAGCUGCGGAUCCGUAAGAGCACAAGAAUUAUUAGGAACUAAAACGACACAUUUAGUGAGGUAGAGUGCCCUGGUUAAUUAAGGUUAUCGCGUGAUCAAAGUCGAUGUAUGCAUUUGCAGUUAACUCGUACGAUGUAUUAUUUUAGUAUUCUUUAUCGAACCUCUGCCAGUGUUCAGCACUGAUCGUUGUCACGGUCGUAAAACUAAUAAAAUGAAACUGCAGACUCGCAA